UCCCUGCUACGCACACACCCUCUCCUUCUCCCUCUCCCUCUUGCUCGCUAGGGUUAGGAUUUUUAGGGUUUUUAGGGCUUCGGUGCUCCUCCGAUGGCCCAAGAACCCGACGACCACCUCAUCCGCCUCGACGAGGAGAUCGAGGGCGACCGCGGCGCCUCCGCCGACUACGUCUUCCGCCGCAUCGGCGAAUCCGUCCCGCUUCUACCAUCGGAUUCCCGCUUCGACCUCCAAAACCCUCCUUCGCGGCCCCUCGCGGUCUCCGAUCGCUUCGGCACGCUGUUUCUCGCACAUUCCGAAGGGUUUCUGGUUGCGAGGACGAGGGAUGUUAUUGAGAAGGCGAAGGCGAUCAAGGAGAAGGGGAAGGGGCCCUGUGUUCAAGAUUCGGCUGUCGUCGAUGUGCGGAUCGGUAGGGUUUCUAUUCUGUCGCUGUCGAGUGAUUCUUCGACUCUUGCAGCGACGAUUGGUGGGGAAAUUCACUUCUUUUCCGUUCCUUCACUCCUAAGUAAGGAGCAGGAGCCGUCCUUUUCAUGUUCUCUUAAUGGAUCUGUCAAGGACUUGAAGUGGCAAAAAAAUGCUGGGUUGUCUUAUGCUUCUCUUUCAAGUGAUGGCUCACUUUAUCUUGGGCGUCAAAAGGAACAGCUGAGGAAUGUAAUGGAAAAUGUUGCUGAUGUUGAUUGGAGUCCGCAGAGUGAUUUUAUUGCGGUUUCAAAAAAUAAUUCUCUAAGCAUUGUAUCGUCCAACUUCAAGGAACAACUCUGCAUGUCACUCUUGUUUCAAUCAUGGUCUAGUGGCAGUGAUUCAGAAUGCACUAUUAAAGUGGAUUCCAUCGCAUGGGUGCGUGAUGAUAGUAUUAUUGUGGGUUGUGUUCGAUUAACUGAAGAUGGAGAUGAGUAUGGUUAUCUAAUUCAGGUUAUAACUGACAGAGUGGGCAAAUUCUCUGAGGGGUCAUCCAAGCCAGUUGUCUUUUCCUUUCCUGAUAUAUUUGAAGGUAUUUUGGAUGAUAUUUUGCCUGCUGGGUUUGGUCCCUAUUUGCUAUUGAGCUAUCUGGAUCGCUGGGAGCUUGUGCUGGCUUCUAAUAAGAAGAAUGUAGAUGAACAUGUUAUAUUGUUAAAGUGGUCACUUAAAGAUGACAAGACGGAAGUGCUAUCCCUUGAAUUCCAAAGCGACAAAUAUACCCCUAGGAUUGAAUUACAAGAAAAUGGUGAUGAUAAUGUGAUACUGGGGUUUGGUGUUGACAAAGUUUCCUUAUUUGAGAAAGUCACUGUACAAGUUGGUUCAGAAUUUGUGGAACUGUCCCCACAAUAUAUUCUUCUUUCUUUGACUGCUGAAGGAAAGCUAAUUAUGUACCAUGUUGCAAGGGUUUCUGAUCCUUCAGAUCUUCCUCAACCUACUCUACCUUUAAACAACUAUGAUGCUAUGAAAGAGAAAUCACUAGGAGAUGAAUUGCUUGGAUCUGUUCCGAAACGACAAGGUGAAAUUGAUAGUUUUGUUACAAAUAGUAGCCCGAAGGAAGCUAGUGAACCACUCACUCCACCAUCAGGUAAGUUAGUGCAAAAGCCCCCUGAAAAGAAAGAGGAAAAUGAUGGUGGUUUGUUGUUCGGGUCAAGAAAUAGUCAGCCUGCUAAUUCUAGUCAAAUUACCAUGGAGUCACAUCAUAUACAUGAAGCUGGCUUGGCUGUAAGUAAUAGCUUGAAACCUGGAAAUCAAUUAGUUGAUUUAUCUUCCACUGCAAAAAGUGCAAGUGCCAAUCUUUUGGGAAGUAAGCCAUCAAGUGAACCAGCUGCUGUGUUGCAACCAAGUACUUCGAAAAACUCAGUUGGUGAUGAGUUAGGUAAAGGGCCUUUUGGUUCAACUGGAAGUGAGGGAAAACUCUUUGGUUCCGAUGGUCUCACUUUAAAAUCGUGGACAUCUACUUCCGGAGGAUCAGCCAUGAGUAAUAUCACAGAAAAUGCUGGUUUGGGUAUGGGUAAUAACUCAUUGAUUUUUCCACAGAGCACCCUCUCAAAAGAUAGUAAGACUUUCAGUGCUUCAAAGGGCUUGAGUCGCGAUUCAUCACCUUUGACAUCUUCCUGGCCUAGGACUGGGAAUGCUGAAACUAUUCCAGCGAGUCAUGGUUCUGUUGUAUCAUCCCAGAGGGCAGGAAAAUCACAUCAAUCAAGUGCUCAUACUUUGCUUGACAAUUCUAGAAAUUCCAAGCCACCACAUACUUUGCUUGACAAUGCUAGCAAUUCCAAGCCACCUCAGAUGUUCUACUCUGAGAAGGAUCUGGCAAAACAGUUUUAUAAUGUUAAUGAUAUGGCAAAAGAAUUGGAUAUCCUGCUAUCAUCCAUAGAACAAGAAGGUGGAUUCUGGGAUGCCUGCACUGUCUUGCAGCAAACUUCAGUUAUGACAUUGGAGGAGGGUCUACAGAAACUUUCAGCGAUAUCUCGGAUAUGCAAGAACAAAGUAGAAGAUCAACUGAUGAAGAUUCAGGAGCUUUGGAACAAGAAGUUACAGAUGUCUGCUAGGCUAAUCUACAUGGAAGGUAUCGUUAAACAAGCUUCAAAUAGUCAAUAUUGGGAUGUAUGGAACCAACAGAAGUUGAAUCCUGAUUUUGAACUCAAGAGGCAGCAUAUAAUGAACGUGAACCAGGACUUGACAAACCAGCUUGUUGAGCUGGAGAGGCACUUCAAUACUCUUGAGAUUAACAAAUUUGGUGAAAUUGGGAGAGUUGCUUCUGGUCGUAGAGUCAUGCACAGUAACAUGGGAUUGUCAAGGCGAACACAUUCCUUGCACAGUGUGUAUAACACACUGAACUCGCAGUUAGCAGCAGCUGAGCAACUUUCUGAGUGCCUUUCAAAGCAGAUAGCUAUGCUUAAUAUCUGCUCUCCCACUGUAAAACGAGGGAGUGUAACGAGAGAAUUAUUUGAGUCGAUUGGUCUUGCUCACGAAGCCAACAUGUUCCAUUCUCCAGAUGUUAAAAGGCCUAGCUUUGCUACAGAUUCUCUUAAGGGAGUUUCUUCUUCAAUGAAAGAGUGCCAGAAGAGAAGUUCACUGGGUUCUGCAAAGGUUUUCGAGCCAGAGACAGCGAGGAGGAGGAGAGAAUCAUUGGAUAAAACUUGGAAAAAUUUGGAGCCUCAGAAAACUACUGUGAAAAGAAUGUCACAACAUGACCACUUCAAAGUCAGUAGUGGUAGCCCCUUCAAGUCAAGCAAGGAACGAUUUGAUUCUCAAAUGGAGGCUCUCAUACAGAAAAAGGAUAGUGGUACUCUUUCAGCUUCUUCCUCUGAACCAUCCAUCACCAAGUUUAAACCUCAAACAUACACUCUGACUCUGAAUGAAGGAGCUCAAGAGAAACCCUCGAAUCAAGGCUUUGGAUCUCAGCCAAGUUCAGUAUUCAAAUGGGCUAGGGACUUGUCUGCAUCAUCACAAACUAUGGAGUUGAAAUCUCCUCCCUUAGAAGAAGGGCCGAAAAGUGCUAUUCAGUCAUCAGAGUUUAAAGUGCCGUCACGACCGUUAUUUAUUAAUGCCCAAACUGUUGUAAAGGAGAACAUUCCUUCAUCUGGUAUCAAAAGCACUGGAAUCACACAAACAGGGAGUCAGCUAAAUUCUUCGACUGUUGAAAAUAUUUCAAAACCCAAAGCAUUUUCCAAUUUGCAGCUAGAAAAAUCUACUUCAACACCGUCAUUGAAUUUCUUGAGCAAUGUACCACCUAUGAAGACCUUAACAACAGAGGCAAAAAUUCAAGCUGCUUUGAAUUCGAAAAGUAAAGACAGUCUUCCUAAUCAAUUUUCAGGUAGUAUGAAACAAUUGGGUGACACUAUGCAGAGUUUCUCAGGGUUUCCAAAACAGAGCAGCGCAUCAUCUGUUUCCUCAACAUCUGCUGUUGCAUCUGCUGCGACAAGCAGAAAAUCUGUUCCAUCCGAUACACCGAUAAAUAAAGAACAAUCAACUCCAGCUGUGUCUAUGGCAUCAUCUAAUCCCAUUAUAUCAUCAUCGAGCUCUCCGUUUCUUCCUGCUUCUUUAUCAGCUCCUAAUACAUCUUUGAAGGUUGUUCCAUUCACUCCAUCAUCAGCAUCCUCAUUCGUUGCGACUCCUUUUGGAGGAUCAUCAGUUAGUACAAGAGCUGUGGGAGAAACCAGUCAAACAGCCUCAAUAUCACCCUCAUCACCAGUUGUUUCUUCUCAGCCUGUUUCUAUUUCUGUUCCCGAGUCAGUACAAGCAUCUAUUCUAUCUGUUUCCAAGAGUCCAGCAUCCACCCCUCAAUUGUUGCAACCAAUCGAGGUUAAGUCUGGAUCAGUGUCAACUCCCAAGUCAACUCAGGAGUUGACUGAAAAUAGUUCCAAGGUUGAAUCAGCUAUAAAGCCUACAGUUGCAAGUGAGACUUCUGGUGGAUUGACCUCUGGUAAAGAAACCAGUUUGCUUCCAACAAGCGGUGUCUUAUUUUCUCCCGCAUCUGAUUUAUCACCUCAAAUGCCCUCAACCACGGCACCUCCUGUGAGCACAGCAAACACAAAAGGUGAUGAAAAAUUAGAUGUUAGUUUAUCCCAAGAAGAUGAAAUGGAAGAAGAAGCUCCUGAAAGCAGUACCGAACUCAACUUGGGAGCACUUGGUGGGUUUGGCCUUGGAUCUUCUGCACCUCCGAGCCAUCCGAAAUCAAACCCUUUUGGUGGUUCCUUUGCUUCACCUAUCACGAGCAGCGUGAGUUCUCCGAUUUCAUUGACAGUAUCCCCAGGGCAACUCUUCCGCCCUUCUUCUCUCAGCCUUCCAGCAGCUCAACCUGUUCAGCCAAUACAAUCUGCGAAUCCAUUUUCCAGUAGCACUUCUGGUGGCGGAUUUAGUGGUUUUGGACAGCCCGCGCAAGUAGGAGCUGGGCAGCAGGCCCUUGGGUCAGUUCUUGGUUCUUUUGGCCAAUCUCGGCAGUUAGGUGCUGGUUUUGGUGGGUUCUCAUCUACAGGUCCUGUUGGAGGAUUUGGUGGGUUUGCUGCUGCUGCUCCAGGUGGUGGGUUUUCUGCUGCUGCAACGAGUGGCGGUUUUGCUUCUGCUGCGACAGGUGGCGGGUUUGCUGGUGCCGCUACAGGGGGUGGGUUUGCUGGUGCUGCUACAGGGGGUGGGUUUGCCGGUGCUGCUACAGGGGGUGGGUUUGCCGGUGCUGCUACAGCGGGUGGGUUUGCCGGUGCUGCUACAGGGGGUGGGUUUGCCGGUGCUGCUACUAUGGGCGGGGGCUUUGCUCCAGCUGCUGCCAAUAGUGGCGGCUUUGCUGCUGCAGCUACUAGAGGUGCUGGCUUUGGAGGAGCUGGCCAAGGUGGUGGUUUCAUGCCAGGAAAAGAGACAGUUACAUAUGCUUCGGUAGAUAGGUCCACAUUUGAAGUCGAAACCACCGGUUCACAUUUGAAGUUCAAACCGGAAAGGAGUUGGGCUGAGCUCAAUCCGGUGGAUUUGGAUCUUUUAGUAACAAUCAGGGAAGUGGUUUCUCUGCAUUUGGCGGAAGCAGCGCUGCUGGACCCGGGAGACCUCCCUCUGAGCUUUUGACACAGAUGAGAAAAUAAUCAAAUUGUAGUUCUGAGUUUUGAUAAAAACUAGUUUUCCCACUUGCCUGUGGAAGGGCAAAUUAUAUAGACAGUUGUAUGUAUCUGUAUAUUUCUCAUCCAGUCAACUAACUAUCAUCAGAUGAUAUUCCUUUUCGUAUGCUACUAUGUUUGUUUUGUAUAGGUCGAAUUAGAUGUAAUGCCUUCUAUGCUUCUUCUUGGCUUUUGCAUAUAGCCUCCACACGAGAGUUAGAUGCCCAAAUAGCGGCAAAUGGAUAUGGUAAGUGAUCUAGGUAGUGGUUGAGGUAUUUAACACUUUGUAGCUCUUUUCUUUUUCUUAGAGUUGCUCUCCCUUUUAUUA